AUGGCCCUCACUCUACCCUCUCAGAUAUCUCUUCGUGACUUUCAAGUCUCACUGGAACCUCGUAUCCCUGUGCGCAUGUCCAGACCCAAAAAACGAAGAUGGUAUGAAGAGCCUCAAGAGACACCGAGAGAACACAGCAGCCCACCAAGCCAAGCUGAUGAACCAUCGCCUCUGACGCAGCAAGUCCUCAGCAAGUCCAAGAAGGUCUCGGUUGAGAAAAUCGUUAACAAGAAAAACACCAAAACUACAAGUAAACGCAAACGAUCUCCUAGCCCCCUUCCACAGCCGAUACUCGUUGGUCCCGAAGAUGGGGAAUGGGACGAGAACGGACUCGUCUGGCAUCCCCGCGUGUCUCAAGUCCUUGAGAUGGAAGAAGAAGCGAGGGAUCAUGAAGAGGGUAACGAAGUACCCGAAGAGCUGGAAGAGGAGGAAAGGAUGUUGCAAGAAAGCGCAGACCGGGAUGAUCUACUCCGUCUCAGUGGCAAAUCGGACUAUCAAACAGAGACGGUGAAGACGUCAGCACUCAUCCAAGCAAACCAUGAGUACCAGCCUCUCUUGUUCCAAGACAACGAUCCUGCCCAAGAUCCGUGUACGAACCUCGAGUUCGAAAGGGCCACAGAAGUGCUAGGGUUCGAGUAUGAUACCCAAACCCGAGGAGCUGUCGUAGCUUUGGGUCAAUUGGGUAUGGGCGAAAUCAUCCAAAUAGUGGAUAGCUUCGACAGGGUCAUGUCUCUACCUGUACCUAAUCCCCCGCAGAUCCUUAGUCCAUCUCUGACUUCUUCGAACCCACAAUCAAGUCUGACAAUGGUAGACGGCAAUCACCCUCGUUCCGACAACACUCUCGUACCUCCUCUUCAUCAGGAAGAACAUGCACUCCAAAUCUCAAGCGAGCUUCAAAAACGCAAAAGAAACUUUCGGUUGUCAACGACGGUAAUGAACACGCCCCCUCGUAGUCCUUCACUAGCUCCCCUUCCUUUGCAAGAAAUCCUGCCUCCUACUCCUCCCAAGGCAAAAAGCAAGAAAGUCAAGAGCAAAAGUAGUGGACGAAAAGUCAAAACGUUCUCCAAGAAAGCCCCUAGAGCAUGGCGUAGACCAGGCUUAGGAGAACUCUCCCCGAUCCUGCCUGCUAGUCCUUGGCCCUCUGAUUCAGCAGCCAACACUGCUUUGGCCACUAUUAAUCCAAUAAAUGCUGACAACAUCCCAGCUGACCCACCUCAUCAUAUCACUAAGACACCUAUUGACUUGACCCUCUCCCAUCCCUUACCAGACUCACAACCAGUCACUCGACACAAGCGACCCGGAACGACUUCCAUGUGGCCGGACGAAGCUGUGGACAGUGAUGAGAAUCGUCCGAUCCGAAAAAGAGGACGAAAUGGUCUUCCACCUGAACAACGUGAUCAAGGUCUCUUUCGCAGCUCUGAUGAGAGCGACGAAUAUCGUCCUUCUCGAAAGGAGAGAGCCAUCCCACUGACAAAAGUGUUUUCGAUCAAGGUAGACCGUGUACGUGACAGUGAUACAGUAGUGGACGAUGAUUGUAUCGUCGUCCCGACUCGAAAGAGACACAAGCGUAGACACAAGCACAAUCUUGAACAUCCGAGGACAGCUACGACUUUCGGACCUCCUCGACCAGAGGUUCCGACGCUUGUCAUGACUCGGGGUAAUGAUGAAGGGGAAACCGAUCAGUGCUUUUUCCUCCAAUACAAUAUUCCGCUGAUGAUCAGAGUGAAAGCCUAUCUGAGAAAUGUGAUGAUGAAACGCUACAAAUCGGCUCGGAACCCAGCUAAGGUUAUUCCUGGACCGAAGAAACGAAGGAGAAUUAAGGACUAUCGACGAAAUCCAGCAGAGGUGGCAGAAAGAAUUCCAUCUUACGUUUGUCAGGAGAUACAACGGGUGUCUUUCCGAGCUUUCGCUGAUAUUUACGAUCCGACCAGAUCUCGACGAGAUGUACUAAACGCUCGUGAGCUUAUCAUUGCUGGGAGGAAAGAACAGCGUGAUAGCGCUUUAGGAUUGGGACGUUUGGGGAUAACGAGUAAGAAGACCAUUGUCAGACCAAUUACCCGACGACAAUCUCCUAUCAUGGGUCUUGAUGGACAAGAUGAUGGGAUACAAGCUUUCACUCCUUCUGUCAAUACCACUUCGAGGAAUCGAAACGUUCCCGGACGUCUUAAUGCAGUACACAAAAACCUACGCCCAACGAGGUUGCGAAUGACGACAAGAACUCCAUCUCCCCUUCCGAUCCCUCGUCGACGACAUGUCUCAAGCGAGACAAUCAGUGGAAGUUUGAAUGGAAAAAACAUUCGAACUCCUCAACCCCACCCAGCCCCUUCCGAAGAAUACGUCGGACCUCCAAUGGUUGGUUAUCGGUCUAAACGUCUGAACAAUACUUUGGGGUUGGAAAAUCAAAUCUCGCGUGAGGCAGGAGGGGGAACUUCGAAUCGAUAUAUCAUACGACCUGCUCCUGACGGGGAAUAUCUGGGUUCGCCGAAAGUCAGAGUCUCAUUUGGCAUGAAUAAUCAAGAUAUUCAAGAUACCAAUUGGAGGGAAGAAAGGUUCAUGGGCGAUGAUAGAGAAGAUCCGGAAUAUCUACGAGUUGGGCAAAGUCAACCCUAUCAAAAUAGUGUUUCCCCGAUUAUUGUGGAUACUCAACCUGUCGUCGAAUCAUCCGUACGACAUGGAUCCAAGUCUAAUAUUCCCGUCACAUCAUCAUCACCCAUUCAUCUGCCAAAUGCACUCUCGACGAUCAACUUCCCCGAUGCUCCCAAUCGUUCGGAAAGAAACAUGAAACAUGCCAGUGGUUCAAAAGCGUCCGAGGAGGUAUUAAGAAGUUCGACAGUGUUAGAGGUACAAAACGGUAAACGUCCACCUCCUCCCUCUCCAACUUCAUCAGAAAGGGUCUUUCACGAAUGGAUCAAUACCGAUUUGUUCGAAUCUCGUUCCACCCGUCCUACCGCUCUGGGAGACAAACAUGCAGGCAAGAGUGAUUUUCUAAACUAUGAACAAUUAGACGAACUCAAUUUAGAACGUAUGAAGGCGUUGGUGGAAGCUGGCGGUAAGAGAGCGAACACAAGUGCUCCGGUUAGGUCUAAACGACCAAGUGAGAGGAAACAUAGACAAACAACUUUGAAUUUCCCUUCUGUCCGAUCGACAUCAAUGCACCCAACGACCAAAGUCACAAAUCAUAUCUCUGAUCAAGCCGCAAACGCCGAUAAAGGACCGGACGAUAGUAUACCAAUUCUAGUCCCACCUUCACCCGCUAUUGAGACACCUCAUCAAUCUUUCUUAUUCAUGAAGAAUAAAGAGAAUCGUUCUUCUGUAUUAGUCCUGAACGACCAGCCAACAUCAGGACCGUCCGCGAGUAAUCAUAGUUUUUCUCGUUCUCGCUCUCACUCUCACGUCUCUGGUACACCCUCUCAGGACACGCAACACAAUACAGCCCAACAAUCAACACACGAAGCGGUCCAAAGCUAUCCCACAACUUUCCAGCGUAGUUCAAGCUCAACGACACUUCCAGGUCAGCCAUCAAAACGACCAUCCAGGACGAGAUCUCAAGGACCGCCAAUUGCUGCUUCUGCCUUUUAUGCGUUACCUCGAUCAAGACCAAGGUUAAGGGGAAGAAGUGUGGAUGAUAUACAAGGAGCUUUCAAACCUUUCAAACCGUUGACACAACCUUCGUCCGGGCAGCGAGCGGGGAUACAGGGAGUUAUACCACAUAGAGAGAGGGGUGUUGUACCUGCUUGUACGGUGGAACAACCUGGCAGUGAUAGGGGAAGUGGUGAUGAUGGAAAUGAACAUCAUAUUGGGGGUGUUGGAGGUGUUGGUGGUGAAAGUCAUGGAAGUGAGGUCAAGAGGAACAGGAAUGAUAAUCUGGGUAUAAGAGAAAAACAAGAAUACGAGAAAAAGGUACAAGCUACUAAAGGAGCUUGGAUUACUCGGUAA